UAGCCACGGCGAGGAGCAGCAAAAUGAGUUUCCUCCAACGCCUUCUUCACAGUCCCUCCAAAUCCCCAUUUCUCACACCACCAUCAUCACACUAUUCCACCUCUUAUUCUUACUGUUCAAAGCAAGAAAGUUCGCAUCCCCAAACACGUCCUUAUCCUCCUCUAACACAACAACAACUCUCCAACCUCAACCACCUCCUCCCCCGCCUCCUCUCUCAACCGGACCACCUCCCCACCGCCCUCCGCCUCACCUCCGCCGCUCUCCACACCACCACUCCUCUCCACGCUCUCCCUCUCUCUCCACUUAUCCACUCCCUCACCUCCCACCCGGACACCUCCCCUACCUUCUCCCUCCUCACGCGCCUUCGCCACGCGCCUCAAAUCCACCACCACAUUUCCCCAAUCGCCCUCAUGCUCCUCACUUCCUACUUCAACAACCGCAUGUGCAAGCCCGCCCUCGCCGUCUUCCGCUGGCUCCGCCGCCCUGACUCCCCCUCCCCCCCGACCAGGCAGGUCUACGAGGUCGUCAUAGAAGGUCUUUGCAGGAACGGAUUCAUGAUCGAGGGUUUAUCGGCGGCGAAGGACAUGGUGGUGGCUGGCGAGCUGGUGGCUCCUUCUUGUGGCAGCUUGAGGGAGUGGAUUUAUCGGGGGAUGUUGAAGGAGGCGAGGCUGGAGGAUGCGGUGGAGUUGAACAAUGCAAUUUUGGGAUUCGAGAAAUGCGGCGGCAGUGAUGAUGAGGAAGAAUCUAAGGAGAGGGUUUUGGCGGUGCUGGAACGCGUCAUUGCUCGGUGGAAUGAGUAGAAACAAGUUCAUUGUUUGAAAAGAAACAAACUAAAGAAGCAUCGAAGUGGUAAAGAAUGGACUUUGAAAUGUGAAGGAAAAACCAAUUGGAGAUAUUGAUCCUUCAACUAAGACGUUCCUCAGGAUGGCAGUUUCUCGGUAUUUUCAGUGAGUGGAAACUGUAAAGACGUCGUGUAUAGAGGCAGAGAGAGGACCACCUUUUUUAUGUGUUAUUAUCUUUAAAUCUAAUGCGUCCAUCAAACAUUAGAAUUAACGGAUGAGAUUAAAUCAUUAAUAGUUUAUAGAUAAUUACAUUUAGGCCACAACAGAAGUUUAAAUUACAAUAAACUUCCAACAUACAAGUGCCCCGUUUCUCAUGCCUUCAGUUUCCUCCCUUUGCUACACUUUUCACUGUCACGAAUGAAGAGCUGUGAGUAAUACUAGAUUAAUGGUAACAGGGAUAGCUAUCUGGUCAUUACCUCAUAAGAGCACACAAGAUGUUAUACCUUAUUACCAUCAUCUACUGCAAAAUGCUGAGUGAAAUAUUGAUUGGUGAACAAUAGAUGGUUAUAUUUUAAGACCAUGCAAAAGAACCAAAGUCUUUACUUGUAUUGGGAAGUAUCUAUGUUGAAUCCUGAUACUAAAACAAGUGUGCCAUUACAUCUCAACAGUUCUAUUUACAAAAAACCAAAAACUAGAUGGUAUUCUAGGAAAUAUUUAUGUAUGCACGAAAUAGUUUGCAUAAUCGCCCUACACUAAACUAUAAAGUUGUGAACCAUUCUUUGCUGUUAAGUCAUGAAUAUCGUCAAUUUUGCUCAUAUACCCCACCUCUCUGAUUUGGAUUUCACUGUAUGUAGCUCAAUCAUUUUGCCAUUAUUAGAUUAUGUCUGCAAAAUGCAGAUAGUUAAGUAAGAAAAUUUUGUUCUCCAUGAAAGCAAACCUCAAAGCAAAUUAAUUGUAAGGCAAAGACAGAGUGAAAACCUUAUACAGUGCCUUGUGACCGUAAAGGUUCAGUUUCGGCAUGAGCUACAUUAUUUUGCUGGUCUAGUGGCAUGUACUGGGACAUGAUAGCCAUGAUUUCCGAGUCCAUGUAAGCCUACAAGAAGGUAGAGAUAAUUAAAUGUGGAGCUUAACUUGGAUCUCCAAUUUAAUGAGGAUAUUUUGUUUGCGCCAUCUGUUUUCUGGGAAUCAACUUACCCUGAGUCUGUAUUUGUAGAAUACAUAACCGGCUAAACCGGCAGCUGCAACAACUGCUAUCACCAAAAAUGCGAGGAACCGCCCAAAUCUUGAUCCACUUCUUUCUGCAUUGUUAACAGGCAAGUUUUUUAUCAUGUAAAUUUACUGUCCUAAGGUGUUGAGUAAAAUGAAUCUGUGUUGAAUGAUCUGUUUGUAGAUUAGCUUAGCACACUAUUGUGGUCAUAAUAACUAAUCCACCUUUGAACAAACAUAUAAGGAUCCUACAGUAAGGAAAAUCUGGCGCUUUUAUUUUGAAUGAAUACGUAGUGCAUUGGAAGCAAUUGGUAUUAGAGGUUUUAGACUGAAUGUUUAAUUAAGUACUAACUAUUCUGUCACUUAAAAAUCCAUGUCUAUAGUCUGAUUCAUUUAAUCUGAAACUAUAAUCUUAUUCGUGCUGAGCUUAGUAUCUUACCAAUACAAACAUCUUGUUCCCUCAUGUAAAGAAGAUUUCCUUUGCAUUUGCAAUCAUAGCUACCCCAUGUAUUCUUGCAGGUGCAGCCAUCACACUGACAAGCGCUUCGGUCCUUGCAUUCAUCAACAUCUAUCAAACCAAAAGAGAAGUUUAAGAAUAGAAUUAUAUUCUUCCAAUAUUAGUCAUUUGAGUUGCACGAGUGGAAACAGAUAUUACCUUCACAUUUGUAUCCAUCCCCAUGGAAUCCAACUGGGCAACGACAACCAUUUACUAUAAAUUCCUUUACACAUAAACUGAAUUCAGUAAGCUUUGAAGCAUAACAAGGAAAGUGAUUCAAUAAAUAUUGACUAUUUUAUAACAACAGAAACGUGAAUAAGAGUUGGUUAAGCAGUACUAAACUGAGCAAGCUGAGAAAGUCAAUUUGUUUUUAGUUUCUGACCAACAACCUCCAUUGUUUAUUGAACACCUUGCAGGUCCAAAAGCUGUAAAAUAAGGUAAGGCAAGUCUCAGCAACACCAUGAAGAAACUGGAAUAUCUCUUUGAUUAUCACAGAUAAAACAUGUAAGAAAACAAGUUUCCUCUUAAAUGGGGAAUGGAGAUCAUGUAAUGAGUUUCUUCUUUUCUUCUUCUUCAGUAGUAUGUUCACUCUAUUAUGUAUUAACCGUGGACCCCCUGGAUUAGAUGUUUGAGCUUUGAAUAUUUUACUAAUAUUGACAUACAAAUGUUUUGUAUUAUUAUAGAGCAAAACAGGACACCUAAAAAAAAAAAAGAGAAAAAACUGCAAAAGUAGACAGAAAUUUGAAAAAUUUGUAGCGUAAAUGAA